AUGUCAUAUGCAGCUGCAGAAACCAACAUAACUGUGGUGCAUCCAUAUUACGCAACAGCAGUGGAAAACGUCAUUACAGCUGUAAUCACCUCAGUAACCAGCUGUGUGUUUCUUUACAUUAACGGAGUGCUGCUUUUCACUUUGCGGAGUAAGCCAAUAUUUUGUGAGACUUCUCGUUACAUUCUUCUGUUUAACCUCCUUUUUGCAGACACUGUACAGAUGGCGCUGAGCCAGUUACUGUACCUUUUGUCAGUUCUCCGAAUAUUAUUAACAUAUCCUCUGUGUGGUUUUCUUGUAAUGCUUGCCAGUCUCACAAAUAACAUCUCUCCUCUAACACUUCUGGUCAUGUCUUUGGAAAGAUAUGUAGCUGUGUGUUACCCACUGAGACACUCUACCAUUAUAAAUGUCUGCAGCACAGCAGGGGCUAUCGCUGUGAUUUGGGCCCUCAGUUCAUUAAACGUCUUUGUUCGAAUUUCUUUGUUGUUACAAUUUCCAUUUGAAGACCUGAAGAGUUUGGAAAUGACACAAACAUGUAGUGUAUUUGUCUUAUAUCUUAUGCCGGUAGUUAUUCAGUAUGACAAAGCCUACACUAGUUUUCUGUUUGUUUCAGCUUUUGUUACAAUUGCUUCCUCUUACAUUGGUGUGACAUUAACAGCCAGGUCGGCCUCCACAGACAAAGCCUCAUCCCUGAAAGUUCGAAACACACUGCUGCUGCAUCUGGUGCAGCUCGGACUCAACCUCCUGUCAACUAUUCACAACAUUAUGCUUAUAGCAAUUUACAAUUUUUUCGAUAUCGUAGUAUUUCAGCAUGUCCAGACUACCUUUUAUGUGUCUAUUAUCCUCCUCCCUAAAUGUCUCAGCUCGCUCAUCUAUGGCCUCAGAGACCAGACCAUCAGACUCCUGUUCAUGUACCACAUUUGUUGUAAAAACAUUGCAGCUCCCCAACCACAAGGAUUCUGA